AUGUAUCUUAAUGAGGAGGAGGCGAUGUGUGGGAAGAAGAGCAUUUAUAGAGAGAGAGAUGGAGACCGAACCGUAUUAUUUUUUGUCUGUUCCGUUUUCCAUUCGUCACGUGACUGGCCGGUGAAGACGCUUGUUUCUAAAAGAAAUAUCUUUGUUCUCUAA